AUGCCAAGCAGAGUGUCAGGUGCCACUGUGGCCAGGAGUGAGCCUGGUCCUUCCCUGCUGGAGCUGGAGCUGGACGAGGACAUUUCCCUUCUGCGACUGAAUCCGGAUCUCAGACUGUCACGAUUGUGCUUUCAGACAUUAAGAAAGAAAGGUUUUAACGGCUGUGACAGCCCGGAGCCCGACGGUGACGACUCCAUAGACCAGAGCCCUCUGAUGGAGGAUAAAUACCGCAAAGGCAGCGAGGAUCUGGAUAUCCUGUUCAAGCGAUACGGUGCGCUGAACAAGAAGCACAGGGAGUGCGAGAGCCCGGAAGGGGAUGAAGUGUUUGCGCUGACCCCGCAGACGGAAGAGAAAUAUAAAAAGAUUGAUGAGGAGUUUGAUAAAAUGAUGCAGAGUUACCGGCUCGCAGUGAGUAGCUGGUGGCCUGCAGGCUCCAGGAUGACUGCGGUUGCAGCUUCAGAGCCUCCGCGCCGGCUGCUGGCCACAAUCGCCGCCCGCGGCGUAGCCAGGCAGCCCCAGCCGGGGAAAAUAGGUGGCUUUCAGAAGCGACUCCGGGCAAUGCUUGGAGGAGACCUGAACAACACAAAUGGAGCCUGCCCGAGCCCUGUGG